GACGCCGCCGUUGCCUUGGUGAAGCUGCCUUUGCGCCUGCGCAGUGAUUACGAGCCUGGCUGUCAUGGCGGCGGCUCAUCUAGUCAACAGAAGCGAGUGUUUUGCCUGGUAACGGAGUGAGCUGGAGGCAGAGGCUCAGGCUGAGUGUUCAUGGUGUGGCGGACGGUGGUGUUGGGACCAUGCAGCCAGUGAGGUAUAAAUCCAAGGAGGACACCUGGAGCACUGAGGAGCUGCAGAGACACUUAAAGACUAUGCAGUCUGAAAGCACCAAUGAUAAGAGGCAUAAGGAAAGAAGGCAUCGCAGAGAGGAAGACCGAGGGGAACAUGCACGACGCAGACAUAGGCCUGAUGAGAAGAUAGAUGAAAGAGAGCGUCCAAAGCAUCCAGAGAGAGACAGGCAUGCUGACAAAGAGAGGGGGGAUAUUCCAGAGCACCGUACAGAAAAGGAAAAAGUAAGAGACGGAGACAAUGACAAAUAUCAUACGUCAGAAAGGCACAGAUCCAAGGACACAGAGAAAACAAGGGACAAAAUGGGCAGGGCCGAGAAAUCAGUAAAAGAACAUGGAACAUCUGACCUGAGCAAAGAGGAAAGAAAGAUGAGAGACAGUCAGGAAAAAAUCAAACACAGAAGUGAGGAUCGAGAAAGACGACAUCAAGAAAGACGAGAGAAGGAAGGGAGAAAAAAGGAGAGUGAUGAACAUGAAGAUCGAAACCUAAGACACCACAAACAAAGUGAGGAGUUUAAUAAUCAAGAUGCAGAUCGAGAAAGGAGAAGGAGUGACAGAAAACAUAGGGAAACCUCUGACAGAGAGAAGAGACAACACAGACAAGAGAGAGGGACACAUUCAGACCAAAGGUCCCCCAAAGAUUCUGUAGCCCAUUCAGACAGAGGCAAAGAAAAACAUUCUAGGGAAUAUGAUGGAGACAAGGAACAAGAACAUAGAGAUAAGAAAGACCGCAGAACCCGUGCACAUGAGACAAAGAAAACUGAUCUUGAGGAGAACAUCUCGGUUCACAAAAGCCGCUCUGAGUUAUUCCUAGCAAAACAGGAAAGCAAUGAUGAGAAGGAAAUUGAGGAGACGAUUUAUAACGCUGAUACAGCAAAUGACGAGUCUACAACCUAUGAGGAGGAUUUUGAGGAUUAUGAUGAUGAUUUUGAAGAUGAGAGUGAAGAAGAGAAAACACCAGGACCCCCAGCAUUCUUCAGGAGUGCUGAAGUAGAGGAGAUCCAGAAGGCCAUGUUAUUGGAGAAUGAGAACAUAGCUGUAGUUCCAGUUGCACACAGAUACAUAGCAAGUGAUCAUCAGGAUGAUGGCGCAGACUCUGAAGGGCAACGUACCACUCCAAGGAAGAGCGCACAGCGGGGAGUCUUCAUAGAUUUUGGAUCUGCAAAGCAACGUCAAGUUAGUGGACAAGUCUCAAGCAAACAGAAAAAGCGCAGUUUGGAAAUCCUCCGGCUCAUCGACUUAGAUUUUUCCUCUACUUUUUCAUUAUUGGAUUUGCCUCCUGUAAAAGAAUAUGAGAUGUACAUCCGGAAUUUUGGAAAGACCAAUACAAAGCAGGCUUACGUGCAGUGCAAUGAAGAUGCUGUUGACCGAGAAAUCCAAACUGAAGAAAUAGAUCAUGAAGAAAAGUGGACUCAGCACCCAGGGGAGGGCACUGCUGUGUUUGGAGGCCACAAAAAUGAUGCUGUUCAAGAUAUUGGGGUUAUAACUAAGGUGGACUCGCAGCGACUGACAGCAUUCCUUCAUUCUGCCUGUCAGGUGAUCACUGUUCUGAUAGAAGAGAAUCGUGCUGAAAAGCAGUCUCAUCACAAGGUUCAGUCUAAAGACCCCUGCCUGUCCAUCAGUGAAAGCGCCUUCCAGUUAAAUACCAACCUGCCUUUUCUCCAAGGUCGUAGUGUUUACCAGCUGCAGUUUUCAGAAGCACAGAGACACCUGUUACUUACAGUGCAUGGAUUAGGCAACAGCACUGGGUCUACCAGUCUCUGGGAAAAGAACAUCAUCUGUGUAUGGAAUAUUUGGCAGCCUUCUACUCCUCAGAAAAUCCUAGUUUGUGAGUCAGAGGUAAUAUGUUGCUGUUUCAGCCCUGGCAAGGCAUCCCUGGUGUUUGCUGGUACAGUGGAUGGCUCAGUUUUGGUAUGGGAUCUACGGGAGGACUCAAGUAUGCACCAGACUAUGACAAUUGAAGACACUAUCUGGACAUUAAGGUCAUCUACGUUUUCUACAGAUGGCAUUUUUACUCCAAUGAGUCACACCCAUCCAGUAAAGGCCGUAGAACCUGUCCCGAGUACAGAGACAAAAGAUCGUGGGAUUUCUUCUUUGUCUUCCCCUGAAGAGAUGUCGGGGUUGUCAUUUCAAGUUGCCUCACUAGAUGAAAGUGGUCAUCUUAUCUUGUGGGUAGUGGUAGAGCUUAGAAAAGCUGACCCUGCUGGCUCUCAAAGUGACCUGGGUUUAAUCCCAGGAGGAAAAGUGAAACUGAUACACAGCUCAUCUAUACACCUUAGUGACAAAUUUUUUCGCAAAAAUGUUUUGAUCCUGGGGAGUCCACAGACUUUAAAUAUUAAAUUUCUUCCUCGGGACUUCAAUCAUUUUGUCAUUGGAACCGAUAUGGGUUUGGUAACUCAUGGUACACGAUACGGAUUGAUUGAGCCCCCGCUGCAAUAUACAUCUCUGCACAGCAAGCUCAGACCAUCACAGGUCACAGCCAUUGAUUUCUCGCCACUUGGAGCCGCUGCACUUUUAGCAGGUUGCUCAGAUGGCUCUAUAAGAUUACACACAAUGAGCACAGAGUUCCCAGCUAUGCAGUGGAAUGACAGCACCAGUGGCCAGUCUGUUACCGCACUCCAGUGGUCCCUCACAAGACCCACUGUAUUCUUCGUCUUGGAUGCAGCAUCUUCUGUCUACAUAUGGGAUUUGUCGCAGAAUGAUUUACAUCCAAUAGCCAAAGAAUCCAUUAUGCCUGACACUGUGCUGAGCAUGUCGGUUUUUGGAGAACCAGAAAAGAACAACAAUAUAAUGGGACUGGCCUUGGGCAAAUCCUCCGGAAAAGUGGAGAUCCAGUAUAUUAAGAAACAAAUGGCCAAAAGUCAGCCACAAGAGUUAGAGAAGUUACAUCUUAUUUUACACGAGAUUUUAUAAGGACCUGUAAUGUCAGUGACAUAGCCAACUUGUAUACUUUUGUACAUACAAAGCACUUUUUGUAUUCUAUGUUCACAGCAUUAUUUAUAGCGUUUUAUAUAUUUUUCUAUUGCAUUCUUUUGUUUUGGCACUUACAGUGUGUAAAGAUGUAGUAAUAUACAUUUGUACACAGCAUUUUACAGAUGAUAAAUCUUGUAGUAUUGAUGCACUGAUGGAGUAUAAAAAUGUUGUCAAUUCUUCAGUUUCAUUCAAAAAUCCAGUAUCAGGAUUAUUAAAGCGAAUGUGUCAUAAUUUAUUUUUUAUUU